UAGGGCCAUUUUGGGCGGGUGAGCCUGUGCUGCUACGACCCCUCCAACGACGGCACCGGGGAAAUGGUGGCGGUGAAGUCGCUCAAGUCCGGGGGGACCCCGACCCUGCUCAGCUCCUGGAGGAGAGAAAUCCAAAUCCUAAAAACGCUCUACCACCCCCACAUCGUCAGAUACAAGGGCUGCUGCAGCGAGCAGGGGGAUAAGGUGGUGCAGUUGAUCAUGGAAUACGUUCCCCUGGGAAGUCUCCGGGAAUUUCUGCCCAAACACCCCCUGAGCCUCUCCCACCUCCUGCUCUUCGCGCAGCAAAUCUGCGAGGGCAUGGCGUACCUGCACUCUUUGCGGUUCAUCCACCGGGACCUGGCGGCGCGGAACGUCCUCCUGGAGAACGAGAGCCGGGUGAAAAUCGGGGAUUUCGGAUUGGCCAAAGCCGUGCCCGAGGGCAGCGAGUACUACAGGGUCAGGGACGAGGGGGAGAGCCCCGUGUUCUGGUACGCCCCCGAGUGCCUCAAGGAGUGCAAAUUCUUUUACUCCUCGGACGUUUGGUCCUUUGGGGUCACUCUGUACGAGCUCCUGACCCGCUGUGACCCCUCCUGCAGCCCCCCGGCCGUGAGUGCCCCAAAUUAUGGGAAAUUCGGGAAA